UCUGCAGAGCUGAGGAAGCAGUUCACGCUCCCGCCCAGCUUCGGCCAGAGCCACCGCCACAGUCACAGCGCCAGCACCUCGGGCUUCCCCUCGCUCCAGCUGCCUCAGUUUUACGACCCGGUGGAACCCGUGGACUUUGAAAGCCUUCUGAUGAACCACCUCAGCAGCCUGGAUAUGGAGCUGGCCCAGGAGCUGGGGGACUUCACCGAGGACAGCCUGGACGUGGUGUUCACGCCCAAGGAAUGCCGGACCCUGCAGCCCUCCCUGCCAGAGGAAGGGGUUGAGCUGGAACCUCAUGUCAGAGACUGUGUCCAGACCUAUGUUCGGGAAUGGCUCAUCGUGAACAGGAAGAACCAGGGGAACCCCGAGACCUGCGGGUUCCGGAAGGCCGGGUCCCGGAGAGAUUUCCACAGGACGCUGCAGAAGCAGACAUUCGAGUCUGAGACAGCAGAAUGCACGGAACUUGGCACUCAGACAGCCCCCCACAGCUUGCCCGUGCUCGGCGCCGUGUCCGGGAAGGGUCCCCUCACUGCCUGCGACUUCGACCUCCGCAGCCUGCAGCCGGACCCGCGGCUGGAGAACCUCCUACAGCACGUCAGCUCCGAGGACUACGAGCGGCGCAAUGAGGAGGCCCGCAGGGCCAACCGGCCGGCCGAGCUCUUUGCCCUGUACCCGCCGGUGGACGAGGAAGAUGCAGUGGAAAUACGGCCGGUGCCAGAAUGCCCGAAGGAACACCUGGGCAACAGGAUCCUGGUCAAGGUCCUGACUCUGAAGUUUGAGAUUGAAAUCGAGCCUCUAUUUGCCAGCAUCGCGCUCUAUGAUGUUAAAGAAAGGAAGAAGAUCUCGGAAAAUUUCCACUGUGACCUCAACUCAGACCAGUUCAGAGGCUUCCUGCGCGCCCACACCCCCUCAGUGGCCGCCUCCAGCCAGGCGAGGUCUGCGGUGUUCUCGGUCACCUUCCCGUCCCCCGACAUCUACCUCGUCAUCAAGAUUGAAAAAGUCCUGCAGCAGGGAGAGAUCGGAGAGUGUGCGGAGCCCUACCUGGUUCUUAAAGAGAGCGACGGCGGGAAGAGCAAAGACAAAGUGGAAAAGCUCAAGCUCCAAGCAGAGUCCUUCUGCCAGCGUCUGGGGAAAUACCGGAUGCCCUUCGCCUGGGCCCCCAUCAGCCUCAACAGCUUCUUCAAUGUCUCCAGCCUCGAGAGGGAGCUGUCCGACGUGGAGGCCGUGGGAGGGAGAGGCUCCCUGGGGGAGCGGAGAACACUGUCCCAAUCCAGAAGGCUUUCUGAGCGAGCUCUGUCCUUGGAGGACAGUGGAUCCACCUUCAAAACCACCUCCAUGACCAUCAACAACUUCUUCAAGCAGGAGGGCGAUCGUCUGAGCGACGAAGACUUGUUCAAGUUCCUGGCUGACUACAAAAGGUCUUCAUCGCUGCAAAGGAGGGUCAAGUCCAUUCCAGGUCUUCUGAAGCUGGAACUUUCCUCAGCUCCAGAUAUGCUUGGCUGCUGUCUGACGCCUGAAAUGCUACCAGUCAGGCCAUUUUCUGAGACUCGGACACGUCCACACAAGGAGAUCCUGGAAUUCCCCAUCCGGGAAGUGUACGCCCCACACACAGUGUACAGAAACCUUCUCUACGUUUAUCCACAGAGGCUGAACUUUGCCAACAAGUUGGCAUCUGCCCGGAACAUUACGAUAAAGAUCCAGUUUAUGUGCGGAGAGGAUCCCAGCAGUGCUAUGCCGGUCAUCUUUGGAAAGUCCAGUGGGCCUGAAUUCCUGCAGGAAGUGUACACGGCCAUCACAUACCAUAAUAAGUCUCCCGAUUUCUAUGAAGAAGUGAAAAUCAAGCUUCCGGCCAAGCUCACAGCCAACCACCACCUCCUGUUCACCUUCUACCACAUCAGCUGCCAGCAGAAGCAGGGGGCCUCUGUGGAGACACUCCUGGGAUAUUCGUGGCUGCCCAUCCUCCUGAAUGAACGCCUGCAGACGGGCUCAUAUUGCCUCCCGGUGGCCCUGGAGAAGCUGCCCGCCAACUACUCCCUGCACUCGGCCGAGAAAGUCCCUUUGCAGAAUCCUCCCAUCAAGUGGGCUGAAGGACAUAAGGGAGUGUUUAAUAUCGAAGUGCAAGCUGUCUCUUCUGUUCAUACCCAGGACAACCACCUGGAGAGGUUCUUCACACUUUGCCACUCCCUGGAGAGCCAGGUGACCUUCCCGCUCCGCGUGCUUGACCAGAAGAUCAGUGAGGGCGCCCUGGAGCACGAGCUGAAGCUUAGCAUCAUCUGCCUCAACUCCUCCCGUCUGGAGCCCCUCGUCCUCUUCCUGCACCUGGUGCUGGACAAGCUCUUCCAGCUGUCCGUGCAGUCCAUGGUCAUCGCCGGCCAGACAGCCAACUUCUCCCAGUUCGCCUUCGAGUCUGUGGUGGCCAUUGCCAACAGCCUGCACAACAGCAAGGACUUGAGCAAGGACCACCAGGGGCGCAACUGCCUGCUGGCCUCCUACGUCCACUACGUCUUCCGCCUGCCGGAGCUGCACAGGGACCCGCACAAGCCAGGCAGCUCCCCUGCGCUCCCGGAUCCCCGGUACCACACGUACGGACGCACCGCAGCCACCUCCGUGAGCUCCAAGCUGCUGCAGUCCCGGGUGAUGAGCAACAGUAACCCUGACCUGGCGGGGGCGCACUCCACCGCCGACGAGGAGGUCAAGAGCAUCAUGUCCUCUAAGAUCGCUGACCGCAGCUGCAACCGGAUGUCCUACUACAUCACUGGCAAUAACGACGCCCAGGGCUCCAGUGCCGCCCCCAGGCCAACAAGCAAGAAGCACUUCCACGAGGAGCUGGCCCUGCAGAUGGUGGUGAGCACCGGCAUGGUGAGGGAGACCGUCUUCAAGUACGCCUGGUUCUUCUUCGAGCUUCUGGUGAAAAGCAUGGCCCAGUAUAUGCACAACGUGGACAAGAGGGACAGUCUCCGGAGGACACGCUUUUCAGACCGUUUCAAAGAUGACAUAACAACCAUCGUGAACGUGGUCACCUCGGAGAUCGCCGCCCUGUUAGUCAAACCCCAGAAGGAAAACGAGCAAGCGGAAAAGAUCAACAUCAGCCUGGCUUUCUUCUUGUACGACCUGCUGUCUCUCAUGGACCGCGGCUUCGUGUUUAACCUCAUCAGACAUUACUGCAACCAGCUGUCGGCCAAGCUCAGCAACCUCCCCACCCUCAUCUCCAUGCGGCUGGAGUUCCUGAGGGUCUUGUGCAGCCACGAGCAGUACCUCAACCUGAACCUGUUUUUCAUGAGCGCGGACACGGCGCCCGUCUCGCCCUGCCCGUCCAUCUCCUCCCAGAACUCCAGCUCCGGCUCCAGCCUCCAGGACCAGAAGAUCGCGGGCAUGUUCGACCUGACCCCUGAGUACCGCCAGCAGCACUUCCUGACAGGACUGCUCUUCACUGAGCUGGCCGCCGCCCUGGACGCUGAAGGGGAAGGGAUCAGCAGGGUGCAGAGGAAGGCGGUCAGCGCCAUCCACAGUCUGCUGAGCAACCACGACCUGGACCCCCGCUGCGCCAAGCCCGAGGUGAAGGUCAAAGUCGCCGCCCUCUACCUGCCGCUGGUGGGCAUCAUUUUGGACGCGUUACCGCAGCUCUAUGAUUUUACAGCUGUGGACGCACGUGGUGGGAAAAGCCGCUCGAGUGGCUCCUACGAAGAACAGGAUGGUGAAAGUGCGAUUCACCAGAGUGUGGCCCUGGCCAUCGCCGGCAAUCAUUUCAGCCUGAAGAGCAGUGGGCCUCUCCCGUCGUCCCUGCCCUACAAGCAGUGCAGCCUGCUGAGCGCCGACACCACCCGCAACCUCAUGACCUGCUUCCUCUGGAUUGUCAAGAACGCGGAGCAGAGCCUCAUCCAGCGGUGGAUUGCAGACCUGCCGUCCAUGCAGCUCAACAGGAUCCUGGACCUGCUCUUCAUCUGCGUGUCCUGCUUCGAGUACAAGGGAAAGCAGAGCUCCGACAAGGUCAGCACGCAGGUCCUGCAGAAGUCCAGGGACGUCAAGGCCCGGCUGGAGGAGGCGCUACUGCGAGGGGAAGGGGCCCGAGGGGAGAUGAUGCGGCGCUGCCGGACUCCAGGGAAUGACCGGUUCCCCGGCCUCAGCGAGAACCUGAGAUGGAAGAAGGACCAGACACACUGGCGGCAAGCUAAUGACAAGCUGGAUAAAACUAAGGCAGAGCUAGAUCAAGAGGCCUUGAUCAGUGGCAACCUGGCUACAGAAGCGAACCUGAUCAUCUUGGACAUGCAGGAGAAUAUCAUCCAGGCCAGCUCGGCUCUGGACUGGAAGGACAGCCUGCUAGGAGGCGUGCUGAGGGUCCUGGUGAACUCGCUGAGCUGUGACCAGAGUACCACGUACCUGACACACUGCUUCGCCACCCUCCGAGCGCUCAUCGCCAGGUACGGGGACCUGCUGUUCGAGGAGGAGCUGGAGCAGUGCGCGGACCUGUGCCAGCGUGUGCUUCAGCACUGCAGCAGCAGCAUGGACGUCACCCGCAGCCAGGCCUGCGCCACCCUCUACCUGGUCAUGAGGUUCAGCUUCGGAGCCGUCAGUAACUUUGCGAGAGUCAAGAUGCAAGUGACCAUGUCGCUGGCCUCUCUGGUGGGCAAGGCCGCGGACUUUAACGAGGAGCACCUGAGGCGGUCCCUGCGGACCAUCCUGGCCUACGCUGAAGAGGACACGGCCAUGCAGACCACGCUCUUCCCCAUCCAGGUGGAAGAGCUUCUGCGUAACCUCAACAGCAUCUUAUAUGACACUGUGAAGAUGAAGGAGUUCCAGGAGGACCCUGAGAUGCUGAUGGACCUCAUGUACAGAAUUGCCAAGAGCUACCAGACGUCGCCGGACCUGCGGCUGACCUGGCUGCAGAACAUGGCGGAGAAGCACACCAAGAGGAAGUGUUACACGGAGGCCGCCAUGUGCCUGGUGCACGCCGCCGCGCUGGUGGCCGAGUACCUGGGCAUGCUGGAGGACCACAGCUACCUGCCUGUGGGCAGCGUCAGCUUUCAGAACAUUUCUUCCAACGUGCUGGAGGAGUCCGCCGUGUCUGACGACACCCUGUCACCGGAUGCAGACGGCGUUUGCUCAGGCCGUUACUUCACUGAGAGCGGGCUGGUGGGCCUGCUGGAGCAGGCAGCUGAACUCUUCAGCACGGGGGGCUUGUAUGAGACGGUGAACGAGGUGUACAAGCUGGUCAUCCCCAUCCUGGAAGCGCACCGGGACUUCCGGAAGCUCACCUCCACCCACAGCAAGCUGCAGAAAGCCUUUGACAGCAUCAUAAGCAAGGGACACAAGAGGAUGUUUGGGACCUACUUCCGGGUUGGUUUCUAUGGAUCCAAGUUUGGAGAUUUGGAUGAGCAGGAAUUCGUGUACAAAGAGCCGGCUAUCACCAAACUCCCUGAGAUCUCUCACAGACUGGAGGGAUUUUACGGUCAGUGUUUUGGAGCGGAAUUCGUGGAAGUGAUCAAAGACUCAACUCCAGUGGACAAAAGCAAGUUGGAUCCUAACAAGGCCUACAUCCAGAUCACCUUCGUGGAGCCCUACUUUGACGAGUACGAGAUGAAGGACAGGGUGACCUACUUCGAGAAGAACUUCAACCUGCGGAGGUUCAUGUACACGACGCCCUUCACGCUGGAGGGCCGCCCCCGGGGGGAGCUGCAAGAGCAGUACCAGCGGAACACAGUCCUCACCACCACGCACGCCUUUCCCUACAUCAAGACCCGCAUCGCCGUGGUCCAGAAGGAGGAGUUUGUGUUAACACCAAUCGAAGUUGCCAUUGAAGACAUGAAGAAGAAGACCCUGCAGUUGGCCGUGGCCAUCAACCAGGAGCCUCCUGACGCAAAGAUGCUGCAGAUGGUCCUGCAAGGCUCGGUGGGAGCCACCGUGAACCAGGGACCUCUGGAAGUGGCCCAGGUGUUCCUGGCUGAGAUUCCAGCCGACCCCAAGCUCUAUCGGCAUCACAACAAGCUGAGGCUGUGCUUUAAGGAGUUCAUCACACGGUGCGGGGAGGCCGUGGAGAAGAACAAGCGCCUCAUCGGGGCCGACCAGCGGGAGUACCAGCAGGAACUGAAGAAGAACCACAGCCGUCUGAAGGAGAGCCUGCGGCCAAUGCUGGAGCGGAAGAUCCCCGAGCUCUACAAGCCCUUGGUCCGCGUGGACAGUCACAAGAGGGACUCCUUCCAAAGGUCUAGUUUCCGGAAAUGUGACACUCAGCUGUCGCAGGGCAGCUAA